GAGAGAGGUCGAGAUUGAACGGGAGGAGAGAGAGAGAACCACCGUCAGGCUCCGGGAGGCAGAGCGACGGACGACACGGCUACACCGAGCCGCUCGUUGCCAUGCCGUCCAACAGUCCGGCUGCCACGGAGACACCACAGACACCAGCGAACGACACGGUGGUUGAUGUGAGUGAAGAUGGAGCGGAUCAGGACAGUCCGGAGGAGGGGACGCCGGCGAGCCCCCGCAGCAAGCGCAGAGUGGGCCGCCCUGGAAGGAAACGCAAGCAGCUGCUUCCUGAGAUGGCGACCUCUGACCCUUGUGCAAAUGCCCCCCCAACCCCGCCUGAGGAGCCGGAGGCCUCCCCCUCCCCUCGCAAGAAGCGUGGGCGUCGGAAACUAGAGCAAACCCAGAGGAAUAAGGACGAGCCAGACGACAGAAACUGCGACUCCCCCAAAGAGUGUGUGCAGGGUGAGACUGGGAGGCUGCGGAGGAGGCCAGUCCCCCGAGUGACUUUCCAGGCUGGCGACCCGUACUACAUCAGCAGGAGACAGAGAGACGAGUGGCUCAGCCGCUGGAAGAUAGAGGCGGAGCGGCGGGCGUACAGAGAGGCGGAGAUGAGCAUGAUGGACGACUUAUCAGAGGCGGACUUUCAGAAAGAGGAGGAACCAGCCAGCCCAGAGCCUCCGCCUUCACAACAACACACGGACCCCGCAUCCCCCACGGUCGCCGUGACGCCAGAGCCGGUCGCCAGGGGAGACCAGGCCACACCCAAUGAGGUAGAGUACCAGGAUGGCCGGGGCUUUGGCAUCGGCACGCUGGUGUUCGGGAAGCUGCGAGGUUUCUCGUGGUGGCCCGGCAGGAUCGUUUCCUGGUGGAUGAGCGGCCGGAGUCGAGCCGCCGACGGCACCCGCUGGGUCAUGUGGUUCGGCGAUGGCAAAUUCUCUGUGGUUUGUGUGGAGAAGCUGAUGCCGCUGAGCUCCUUCUCAUCUGCCUUCCACCAGCCCACCUACAACAAACAGUCCAUGUACAGGAAAGCCAUCUUCGAGGCUCUGCAGGUGGCCAGCGUGCGGGCGGGGAGGCCAGUUCCUUCCUGUGAUCCGAGCGAUGAUGCCGAGGGUGUGGACAUUCAGACCAGACAGAUGAUAGAGUGGGCAAUGACCGGCUUCCUGCCCAAAGGUCCACAGUCACUGGAUCCUCCAGAAGAGGAGCAGAAUCCGUACAAAGAAGUGUACCCUGAGAUGUGGGCGGAGCCUGAGGCAGCGUACACGCCUCCACCUGCAAAGAAACCGCGCAAGAACCUCGCCGAGAAAGCAAAGAUCCGAGAAGUGAUCGACGAGGGGACCAGAGAGAGACUCAUAUGUGAGAUCAAAAAGAAAACCAGGAAUAUAGAAGAUAUCUGUAUUUCCUGCGGAAGCCUCAACGUCUCUCUGGAGCAUCCUCUCUUUUCAGGAGCAAUGUGUCAGGGUUGCAAAAACUCCUUCCUGGAGUGUGCCUACCAGUACGACGACGAUGGCUACCAGUCCUACUGCACCAUCUGCUGUGGAGGCAGGGAAGUGCUCAUGUGUGGCAACAACAACUGCUGUAGGUGUUUCUGUGUGGAGUGUGUGGAUCUGUUGGUCGGAGCCGGCUCGGCAGCGACAGCCAUCAAAGAAGACCCCUGGAACUGUUACAUGUGCGGACCCCGCAACACCUACGGGUUACUGCGGCGACGGGACGACUGGCCCUGCAGACUCCAGCACUUCUUUGCCAACAACCACGAACAGGAAUUCGAGCCAGCCAAGUUGUAUCCUCCAGUCGCGGCAGAGAAGAGACAGCCAAUCAGAGUCCUCUCUCUGUUUGACGGCAUCGCCACAGGUCUGCUGGUGCUGAGGGAUUUGGGCAUCCAGGUCGACAAGUACGUGGCGUCUGAGGUGUGUGAAGACUCCAUUACUGUCGGCAUGGUACGACACCAUGGACGCAUCAUGUACGUGGGAGACAUACGCAACGUAACCCGCAAACACAUUGACGAGUGGGGGCCUUUUGAUCUGGUGAUAGGAGGAAGCCCCUGUAACGACCUCUCCAUAGUCAACCCUGCACGCAAAGGCCUUUACGAGGGAACUGGUCGGUUGUUUUUUGAGUUUUACCGACUGCUGCACGAGGCGCGACCAAAGCCAGGCGACGAGCGGCCGUUUUUCUGGCUGUUUGAGAACGUGGUCGCGAUGGGAGUCAGUGACAAACGGGACAUCUCUCGCUUUUUAGAGUCUAAUCCAAUAAUGAUCGACGCCAAGGAAGUCUCGGCUGCCCAUCGCGCUCGCUAUUUCUGGGGAAACCUGCCAGGCAUGUCCAGACCCCUGGCACCCAUGGUGAAUGACAGGCUGGACCUACAGGAGUGCCUCGAGCAUGGCCGUCAUGCCAAGUUUGAGAAGUUGCGUACGAUAACGACACGCUCCAACUCUGUGAAGCAGGGGAAAGACGAGCAUUUCCCCGUCUACAUGGACAACAAGGAGGACAUCCUGUGGUGUACAGAGAUGGAGAGGGUGUUUGGUUUCCCUGUCCACUACACUGACGUGUCCAACAUGAGUCGUCUGGCCAGGCAAAGGCUGCUGGGACGUUCCUGGAGCGUCCCCGUCAUCAGGCACCUCUUCGCCCCACUCAAGGAGUUCUUCGCCUGCAACUAGUCACACACCAACUCUCUCUCUCUCUGUCAUGCACACACACACACACACACACACACACAUGCUUACACACAUAAACAUGUAAUGACAAACACACAAACAUCUACACACUGUAUACAGAUUGUACAUGAAGGUUUGCUGACACAGGAUCACCAGAAACACACACACACACACACACACACACACACACACACACACACCUGUAGGCUGACCUUAGUCCCCUGGUGCUAGCUUCCUGAUUUACACCAAUGACUGUUUAUUAAGAUGGACGCCGCGUCUCCUCUUCCUCCUACUUUACAAGACUUAAUCCGAAACAUCCCGGAUACGUGCCGGUGCGGCCAUCUUGAGCUUUUUAUGCCAUUUUGAGCCGGAUCGGGGGGAGUGGAGCCGCCAUUUUGAGACAUAUCACCAACUAUUUAAAAAUAAUAAAAACCAAAAGAAAAUGAUUUGAUAUGUAAUAAAGGUUUGUGACCUUUACUGCAGCCAGCCGACAGGUGGGUGGGUGUGGGGGGGGGGGGCAAUCAAGACAUUUAGGCUUUGCUUUCGGGAGCUGUCGUGUUUUCCAUCUUUAUAAACAGACGUUGAUUUACACAAACGGACACACACACACUGGUGCAGAGUCUCUGUACUGUAAAUCUCCACACACAAACUUCCUGUCCAACCUUGAAACUGAUGUCUUCUGGCUUUACUCUGUGGUGGCAGCUGGAGUUCAAACCUCCAGGGGGUGCAAAGCUGACACAGACGCCCUAACAUUUUUUUUUUAUUUUUUUUUUUUAUACAGAACGCUCUGAACACAUCAACACACCAAUGAUUUCCUCUCAACCACAACACGUAACUGUAUUCAUGUGUAGUGACAGUGCUGCUGGUACAUUACAGUGCAACCAACACAAAUACAUACAAAAACAAACACACACACUCCAGUAAAUGCUCGUGGUGCUGGUCAGGCAGUGAUAAGAGUCCUAAUGGUGCCACUUUAAUAACACUUUUACAGUUCUUGGUGCUCUUAGACACUGAACAAUCUCAGGUUGUUUCAGUCGCUGCAGUUUUAUUUCCCAACCUGAGUUAAACUAAUCGAUUAUGAGCAGGUAGACGCAAAACACCGGCCAAGAGAGGAGAUCCUGAGGUUUCAUUGAUUUCAUUAGAUCUGGUGUGAAAGUACCGGCAGGACGGUAUCCCAUAGAGAUCAGGACUAAAUCAGAUUGAAAUUUGUUCUGUUUCCUGGAGGAAAUGCUGCUCUGGAAGGAAAAAUCUCAGGGAUUGAGGUAAACAACAAAGUCUUAAUGACAAUUCAAAGUGAUUUACAUCGAAUAAAACAACGAGAAAUAACGAAAUAAACUAGAAGAUCCGAAUGCUUACGCCCUGGCUCACCUCACCGAUCUGCUCCGGAAUCAAAUAGAUGCUUCCUGGCUCACGCUCCACUCGUCCACAGAAUUAUUUUUGCAAUCCUGCUAACUAACAAACAGACAGAUGAAAACAACGUCUUUGUCAGUGUCCGUGAAUUUUGUGAGUGCGGCUGCAGGUUAAGGCUAUACUCAAUGUACCUACUGUUUAUUUAUAUCCACAGGAAUAUUCCUCGUCUCUGCGGAUGAGGCAUAUUCUUCAUAUCGUCAUGAAAAUACUUUUAAAGUCAGAUUGAAGUAGGAAAGUCUUGGACAUGUCCACAACAACCGAUGAAAACUGCAUGACAAGAGCGCGCACGCUCAUGUUGGGGUAAAAACCGUCUCUGUGUUCAUUUCCCAGGGUUAGUGUCUGAGAUCAGUGUGUUAGAAUAUUGUGAACAUAAUCAGCACAAAGAAUGAAAUCAGCUUUUAUGCUCAGUACCUUUAACAGCUGCAGGUUUUCAUACCAGUGUUCUUUCUUAAAGCUCUGUACUGUGUGAAUAUUGCGUGAUUAGGUAUGAUGUAUAUUAAGGUUCGCUAAUUGCUGUGAAAUACUGUAGCAUUUUAACGAUGGGUAAUUUACCUUGUGUUUAUUUUAUGCUGUUGGAUUGCAUUGAUUACUGUUAACUGUUGCUCCAACGACUGUGACGUUCAUCUUGAUGGUGCACAUUUGGAAGUAUACUGUUUGUCAGUUGUCUGAUAGUGAAUGUAGCAGAGGUUUCUCACAUUGGUUUGGAGUUUGUUAUCGUCUGCAUUGAUUUAGUGCCAGUGAACGAGACGUCAUCAGGUGACGGUAGAUGUCAUAAUACUGUUCCAACCCCCCGGACACACUUACUGGGAUCAUUUCAUUAAGUUGUCAGUGACAAACCUGCAUCUCAACCCAAACCCAGUUACUGUGAAGUGUAGAUAUAAGAUAGUCUUUCUCUGUAGCGGCUCGUUUUUAAUCAUGAGCACGGCUUUAAUUUUGACUGACACGUUCUGCACUGUCAGUCAUGAUGAAUCGUGGACGCCCGCUGACGUCAUCAUUCUCUGAUUCAAUUAGUGAGAUUGAAUUACUAUUAAUGGCAAAACCACAUAAGGAUUUUUUAUUUGUCUUAUCUUUACGACCUUGACUUUACUCUGUUUAAAGUUUGCUUUGUAGAUUUUGUGAAAAAAAAAUCUCACAUCGCUAGAAAUCGCUCAUUAUUUUAUUGGUUUUUGAAUUUUGAAAUCUUUUACCUGCAAUAGUCAAACAAUGGCCCUUCAACAAAAAUAUCUGACCUCUGAACUCUGUAUUUAUUUAAAUAGAUAAAACAACAGUCAGUAUGUUAGCUGUUUUUAGCUUCUAGCUUGUUGCAACUAUGAAAUCAAAUAUUAAAAACAGAUUUACAACUCUGUAUUUUUCCACCAUGCUUAUAACCCUAUUGAAACAAAUACUGAAUGUUUAUAUCAUCUUCCUCUCCCUCAAAACCCAAUUAACUCCCCACGUCAUCCCCACUUCUGGAUUGAUCGAUUUGUAAUCAAAAAUAUUUCAGGCUCUUAGGCUCCGUCCAUCAGGUUUAACUCAUUCUGUGAGAUUAUUUCUUCUUUGAGUGCAGCUUCAAAUUGAAUUCCAGUUUGCAAAGUGUAGGUCCUUUCAGAGCAGAACAACCUGAACACUUCCAGGUCUUUAUUUUUCCUGCGCCUCAGCUCCAGCGUUGUCGUCUUGUGUCUGCUGACAAAGUUAAAAAAGCUCUCAUAGUUGCACCUCGACUUUGCUUCAUAGGGAUCAAAACACUGCAGCGACAUCCAGUAAAACCAGAGACAGACAUUUACUUUGUAGACUCUCUGCUGGUUUUCUACUUCCUGUGACUGAAACAGACAGCCCUGGAUAAAUAACAGAUACUUCCUUACACAACACAGAUGCAACUGUUCAACCUCUAUUAUGCCCAAUGCAUGCUGGGAUAAUCCCAGACCCUUUCUGACUUUGAACGGGCAUAAGCAGGUAAACAAUAAGGAGAUGAUACACACCUUAACGCCAUGUGUAACCGUCACUGGAGACAGUUGUGUGUUUUAUUCAGACAGGGCUGUCAUCUCUUUCAGUCUGGUGCUUCUGGUCUUGAGACGACCAACAAUCUUUUCUCCAGGAAGCCUUCUGAUCCUCUGACCUUCCUCAGAUACCAGCCAACAACUGGACACACACACACACACACACAAACAAAUACACAGACACACACACACACACACACUCUCUGACCCACACACACAUUUUGCUACAAACAUGGUGCAGACAUUCGCCCUUCUCCUUUCUCUGCGACACACAUCACUAACACACACAUACAAGCAUACACACUGUGGAUUCGCCGGCUGCCUGCUGCCAUCAGGCUGGCCACGGCACCCCCGGGUGUGACAUCGCCACCCUGCGUCACUUGGUGCUCCCAACCCCCCCCCCGCCCCCCCCCCCCCCCCCCCCC